GUAUAAGGUACCAUUAAAGCAAUUCACGUCUAGACUCUGCCUGAGCCUGAGGCUGGAGAAGCAAAUCGCCUGUGCAAAGUUUGGAGUUCUCCAAAGCUCAGGUCAGGGCCAGGGAAGCACCGUCUGGAAGACAAGAAUCUGAAACAAGUCUAAGCCAUCCCAGGGCGUGUUAUUCAGAGCAGCUUCCGCUGUCGCACGCACGUCAGUCAAGGUUUCUGGUCAAGGAGCAAGCAUGAGUCGAGGGAGUGGCGCUGGUUAUGAUCGCCACAUCACAAUCUUCUCUCCAGAGGGAAGGUUGUACCAAGUUGAGUAUGCGUUCAAGGCGGUCAAAUCUGCUGGGAUAACAUCUAUUGGUGUGCGGGGAAAGGAUUCGGUGGUGGUCGUGACACAGAAGAAAGUACCUGACAAGCUCCUGGACCCAAGCAGUGUCACAAACCUCCAUAGCAUCACCAAGUUCGUAGGCUUGCUCGCCACAGGCAUGCCAGCGGAUGCGCGGUCGCUGGUACAAGAAGCCCGGCGGGAGGCUGCAGAGUUCCGCUUCAAGUUUGGGUACGAGAUUCCGGUAGACUACCUGGCGAAAAGGCUGGCGGACCGCGCGCAGGUGUACACGCAGCAGGCAUACAUGCGGCCACUCGGGGUGGCGUCCAUCCUGGUGGGCAUCGACGACGAGGACGGCCCGCGGCUUUACAAGGUCGACCCCGCCGGUUUCUAUGUCGGAUACAAGGCAACUAGCGCUGGCGUAAAGGACCAAGAGGCUGUCAACUUCCUGGAAAAGAAGCUCAAGAACAACCCGCAGUUCUCAUACGACGAGACGGUACAGACGGCGAUCUCCGCGUUGCAAUCAAUACUGUCCGAGGAUUUCAAGGCGAACGAGAUCGAGGUCGGUGUGGUCAAGAGCGAAGGUGAUCGGGCGUUCCGGGUGCUGCCCGCUUCUGAAGUAGAGGAGCAUCUCACAGCAAUCAGCGAAAGAGACUGAGCUUUGAAAAUGAUUAGAUUGGUGAUAAUUUCUACGGAACCAGGCUUGCGGUCUUGCGGUAUGUAUAACAUGGCUACAUGUCCACUGUAAGCGUUUCUUUCUUCUGCUCCAGCCUGUUGGUCUGUAGACUUCCCGACCAUUGCUACCGUUCGGAGUCGAACAUACAUGGCAUGAACACUGAAGCAGCGAAAUCUAGUGGCGGUUUCAUUUGUGGUGGUCUGUUCACCUGUGCGGAAAAGGUCGAUCCAUUGGUUGAUGCAUAUUCUAUGAACAUUGCAGCUU